AUGUCUUGGCAAGCAUACACUGACAACUUGUUAGCCACCAAUAAAGUUGAUAGAGCAGUUAUUUACUCCAGAGCAGGUGAUGCUGCCUGGGCUACCUCUGGAGGCAUGGCACUACAACCAAACGAAAUCGCGGAGAUUGCCCAAGGGUUCGAUAACGCUGCCGGUUUACAAAGUAACGGUUUACACAUUCAGGGCCAAAAAUUUAUGCUUCUCAGAGCCGACGACAGAAGUAUCUACGGUAGACAUGAUGCGGAAGGUGUUGUUUGCGUGAGAACCAAGCAAACAAUCAUCAUUGCCCACUACCCUCCAACCGUGCAAGCGGGUGAAGCUACCAAGAUUGUAGAGCAAUUAGCGGACUACUUAAUUGGUGUCCAAUACUAG